UGUUGUCAAAAUGGAGUUACACUCGUGUACCUGCUGCCUGCUGCGCCCGCCGAAGAAGGGGCUCGCUACGCUGUACAACCAUAACGGCAACACGGAGGUGUACUCCAACAUGCUAAGAGAAUGCUUUGACAUAAAUGUGAUCUUGGGAAAUGAUAAGUAUGGAAUCUGUGAGGAGUGUGUCGGGCGCCUGAGAGAUGCAAGUGAUUUUAAACUGCAAGUGAAGUGCAGUCAGGCAAAGCUGCGAGAGUGUCUGCAAACAGAGCUAUCUGACACAAAUAAGAUAGAGGAAAUAACCCUCAAGGAGAAGCAUGAAACAGAUGAUACCAGCACGCAGCUAAAUAUAAAGUUGGAGAGAGCCUGUGGAACUGAGGCUGUAAUACGUGAAAUCAAAUUGGAAAAAUCUGAUGUUGAGAUGCCUGAUGGAGAGAUAGUAUCAGUGGCGUUAUACGGCGGGGCACCAACGUCAGCGCUUGCUGACGUAACCAUCUGCGACUCGCCAGAACCAGCUGCCACAUCCAUCGACGCAGCGCACACUUGCGACAUUUGCCAAAAAUCAUUCGACCACCAAUCAAGGCUCAAAGUUCACCGUCGAAUACACACUGGAGAGAAACCGUACUCGUGCAACAUAUGCAACAAAAAAUUCGCACAAAAAGGCAACUUGAACGCUCACUUCAAAUACCACAUGGGCGACUUUAAAUUCUCCUGUGACAAGUGUGACACGCGAUUUACACAAAAAUCUCAUUGGAGCAAACACAUGUUGAUACACACCGGUGAAAAACCUCACACGUGCAAGGUGUGCAACAAACAAUUUAGACAAAAAGGCAGCUUAAAUGUUCAUUUGAAGAUACAUUUGAAAUCUGAAAGUAAUAGUCUUGAACCAGGAGAACUGCCUGCACGUAAAAAAGAAACAGCAAGUAACUCAAUUUAUCGUUCAAAAGAUCUCGGAGAAAAACCCCACACCUGUGAUAUAUGUAAAAAACAAUUUGCAGAAAAAUGUAACUUAACAGCUCAUCUCAAAAACCACACGGGGAAUUAUCAAUUCUCCUGCGACAUCUGCGAAAGGAAAUUCGCUUCAAAGUCCAGCUUGGAUACUCAUAAAUUUGUUCACAUGGGAGGAAAACCGUUCACAUGCGAGAUAUGUCAUAAAAAAUAUACUACGAAAAGUGUUUUAAAACUACAUUCUAAAAUUCACUCGGGGGAUUACAGCUUUUCUUGUGAUGUCUGCAGCAAAAGGUUCAUACAAAAAGAAGCAUUGAUAAAACAUAUGCGCGUACACACUGGUGAAAAGCCUUAUUCCUGCGAAAUUUGCCAAAGGAAGUUCUCGUAUAAAUGUGGCUUAAAGAGUCAUUUAAUAGUUAGACACGGCCAAGUUCUAGACCGCCCUAAUCAACCCGUCCCGUCCUAUUCAUGUGAACUAUGCAACAAGCAAUUCAAAUUUAAAUCCGCAUUAAAAAGACAUCUCCAAACACACACAGGUGAAAAGGAAUUCAGUUGUGAUAUCUGCGGGAAACAAUUUUCACUAAAGAGUUCUUUAACUAAACAUAUAGAUAUACAUAUGGGGAAAAAGCCACACAUGUGCGAAAUAUGUAGCAAGCGAUUCACACUGAAAAGUACUUUAAGAGCUCACAGAGAAACCCAUAAUGAAGAAAGACCAUUCGCCUGCGCAAUAUGUAGCAAGGCAUUCAGACUGAGCAAAUGCUUACAAGACCACAUGAAAGUUCACGAGGACUUUAAGCAACACUCUUGUGAAGUGUGCGGCCAGCAAUUCAGACAUAAAUCUGCUUUAACAGUUCAUAUCCGGAGACUCCACCUUAGAGAGAGACCGCACACUUGUGAUGUAUGCGGGAAGAAUUUUCCAGUUCUUGCAGAACUAAAGACGCAUUUUCGUGUACACACUGGCGAGAGGCCGUACGAUUGUUCUGUUUGUCAUAAGAAAUUCCAUCGACACGAUGGAAUCAGGCGACAUCUUAUACGAGUCCAUCAUGAGAAACCCACAAAAUAUAUUAAACUAAAAGAAUUUUCAGAUAAUAGCUAAAUUAAAACUGUGUACCAUAU